AUGGUGAUCGACUUCCGGCCGCUGGAGGGCCGUCACACAGGGGAUAAGAUAGCGACCGAGCUGGAGCAGGUCAUAGGGGAGUGGGCAUUGGGUGGUGGUGAGUUCUUCGGCGUGACCACGGACAACGCUGAGAACAACAACCGGUCGGUUCGUCUGCUGGCCGGCGUCGCUGACGACACCCCCGGGUCACGUCCGCGUGACCCCCCCUCAUGUCCCUGUCUCGGCACUUCAACCACACGCACGGCAUCGGCAGAGAUCAGGCUGUCCGAUGCUCACUGGACAGCUCUCCACGAGCUUCGGGCAAUCCUCGAGCCGUUUGACAGCAUCACCCUAGAUUCGCCAGACGUCUCGCUGCUGUGCAAUGACCUCUCAAGCCGGGCUUUGAGCAAGCUGGAGCGCCACAUGGGGGGGGUGAGCGAGGAGGCGGCGAUUGCCACCUUCCUCGAUCCUCGGCUCAAGACGGCAACCUUCAGGCUCAGGGCCCGGGGGGCGAGGACUAGCGUGCCCAUUGUGGUAGAGGCGGGGGGGCAUGCCAGGGGGGCCAGGACACUCGACCUGAGCGAGGAGAGGGUGAAGGCGCUCGUACGCAAGCGCCUUCCACCCUACCAGAUAGCGGCCAGUGCAGCGGCAGAGGCACGUCUUGGGGGUGAGGUUACAAGCGCUAAGGGAGUGACGGGGAGGGGCAGUGAGGAGCGGGGCUGCAGGGCGCAGGGGGGCUAG